AUGAGGGGAGGAUCUCAAAAGGUACCUCAUCUUCUUCUCGAAAUGCAGCAUUGGCUCAAAACAUAUCUGACUCUGGAAUCUCAUUCAUUAAGCUUAUCAUCAGAACAGUCAGAGUCUUUUCACCUGAAGAUGUGGGAUUCUAACUUUUAUGUGCACUUCAACAAAGUUCUAGAUAAAACCAUCAACCAGUUGGAAGUCAAGAUUUUGGAGCUCUCUAUCCCUUUGCUUUUGGUUUUGUUCUUGUCUUUGUUUUUGGCAAGUUUGGGACUUCCAUUUCAAGGAAAGAAAUGGCUUGCUUUGCUUACCCCAAAGAUCAAAGAGGCUCCAUUUUAUCAAGCCUACUGGAUCAAUUUGAUUGGAUCAGAAUUACUUGAGGAAGCUGAAGACAGAGUUGGCUUACAUGAUGGAGUAGGCUUCAAAGAAGUUGCACAUUUAGGGGUGAUGGAGAUGGUUUAG